AUAUUUAUUUCCCCUACCAAUAUGGCUGCCGCCUCACAUGUAACUAGUACGCACUUGUGAUCAGUUCCUGCGGAGGGAAUUAGAGUUAUACGUGCCGGUAUCGUGUCAGUCUCCUCACACGGCUGUACUCCGCCAUGGCACAGGGGGCGGUAAAAGGCAAAGCUAAACCCAAGAAGCCUGCCAAAAAGUCCGUGCCUAUGAGGAAAGGAGGCCGAAUUAUUGCACCAAAGAAAUCGCGCAUAAUCCACCAACAGAAACUAAAGAAGAACCUGGAAGUGGAAAUCCGGAAGAAGAUUGAGCACGACGUGACCCAGAAAGCCAGCUCCAACAUGCCCAAGAAACUGGCGCUGCUUAAGGCUCCGGAUCAGGGCAAGAAGGAUAAAGGGAGCGCGGCCGGAGGGAGCAAGGCUUGAAGCAAAGGGGGGGGGCUGCCCUUGAUACGGACAGUUUGCCCCGGCUGGGGCAGGACCCUAUAAUGGGAGGCCUCUUGUGUUUUAUCCAGUAAAUAUUUCCCAAUUCUUA